GGAGCCAAUGGCAGGCGCCCGAGAACCAGCGUUGGGCUGCCCGGCUGGGCUAGGGAGGCGCGGCGGCCACGCCGUCGGGGGCCCGAGCCAGACGCUGGCCCCGGGCGGCCCUCGAUGGAGCUGCUGGUGCUGGCGGGGUCGGUGACCGCCUUCCGGCUGCUCAACGUCGGGCUGGAGCGCCUGGUGCCGCCGCCGGCGCAGCACAACCGCUGGAAAUGGCUCAACAUCUGGACGUCCUUAGUCCACAGCCUGCUCAGCAGCGCCGGGGCGCUCCUCGGGUUCUACUUCCACCCGCAGAUGGCCGAAGACCUCAUCGACACGCACUUACCCAUGGCGCAUCGCCUUCUGGGGGUUUCCGUCGGAUAUUUUCUGCAGGACUUCAUCGAUAUGAUGUGUAACCAGAAGGUUUGCCAGUGCUGGGAGCUACUGUUCCAUCACUCAGUGGUGAUUGUCUGUUUUGGCUUAGCUUUUGUGGUCCACCGCUACGUUGGUUUUGCUAUGGUGGCCCUGCUGGUGGAGAUCAACUCUGUCUUCCUGCACCUGCGAACCAUCCUGCGCAUGGCCGGCUUGUCGCACACUCCUUACUACCACAUCACCAGACUGAUCAACUUGGGCACCUAUAUAGUCUUCCGCAUCAGCACCCUUGCUUGGAUGACCCGCUGGCUUGUUCUCAAUCGGGAGAACAUCCCACCAGCCACCUACAUGGUGGGCAUUGUGGGCGUGGCCAUCAUAACCCUGAUGAACACGGUGCUUUUCUUCCGCCUGCUGCGCAGUGACUGUCUCAAGUCUAGGCAGUGGGACAAGGAGCAGUGAUGCCACUUAGCUGCCUUUAAGAACUGGCUGUAGG